CAGGGUGGCGCUAUCACCAGAGAAGUACUGGCCCGGUCAGAGAGGAGCAAGCUUGACAGAGGCGACGACCGGCAGUUUUAUGACAGCCCUCGGCUGGUAACGCAUGUGGAUGACACAUUCAUUGAGAAGGUGACUCAGCUGUACCGUCAGCGCAUACCCAAAGACGCGGCCGUUCUGGACCUGAUGAGCAGCUGGAUUAGUCACCUGCCACCCGAGCGGCGCUACUCAAAAGUUGUCGGCCACGGCAUGAACGCUGCCGAGCUGGCGCGCAACAAGCGGCUGGAUUCCUUCUUUGUGCGCGACCUGAAUGCCGAGCCGGAUGGGUGGGCGCUGCUGGAUCGGUCCUUUGACGCUGUGCUUUGCUGCGUCAGCGUGCAGUACCUGCAGCAGCCGGAGCGGGCCUUUGCAGAAAUCUACCGGGUGCUCAAGCCUGGAGGCGUCUGCAUCGUCACUUUCAGCAACCGCCUGUUCUACAACAAGGCAAUACAGGGGUGGAGGGACAACUCUGGGUUUGGGCGGGUGCAGCUUGUCAAGCAGUACUUUCUCUGCAUAGAAGGCUUCACAGAACCAGAGGCGGUGAACGAUGUGGACUUGUCUGAUGCGCCGCAGCCUCAAGGCAUUGCAGCCCUUCUGCAAAAUGCUCAGAAGCUGUUCCGCAGGGUGCAGGGGGACCCUUUCUAUGCUGUCAUCUCCUACCGGAAUUUCAAG